GUGAUUUUGCAAUAGUGUAUCAACUUUUUUGUGUGAAAUCCUAUAACUAUUUUCUUGAUGGUUUUAAUUUUACCUGCUUUUCCUAAAAACGUGACAGUGAUUGCUAAUCAUAAUUGCUCACGGAUCGUGGAAUGUUAAACAAGGUGAUCAUAUUGAGAGGAGCAAGGUCGUGGGCGACAGAGACGGUGUGAUGAGCGGAUACUUUGGCAGAAGCACCCUGUCCCCAUUGCUGCACGACCCUAAAUACCCACCAGCCAUGCGAGAAAAAGACUCUAGCCCAAGAAAAAUGCCCGGGCACAUUAGUCCAAAACAAGCGAGCAUAUAUCCAUUGAGCGUUCGAAUUUCGGACGUUGAAGAGUUGCCAUACGACUUGAGCCAUGGCCAAAGUCGAGCAAGUCCCACUCUUAAUCAACAACCUCAUAUGAGUCCGGCAGCAAGGCCUCCAUUACCCCAUCAACAUGAACUCGAUUCCGAGCCAUUGGAUCUUCGUGUUGAUCAUAAAAAGGAGAGAAUAAGAGACGAAAACCAAAAUGAAGUUGAAGUGAUGAACCAAAAUAGCCUCGGCCUACCAUAUCAUACUGUUCUUUUUCCCCAACAUCAUGCAGUUCAUCCCUUGGUCCUUGAGGCCAUGUACAGAUCUCAUCAUCAUACCACUCCUGAUUUGCCCAAAAUUCAAGUUCGUGCCCUACCAACAAUGGUCCCCCUACCGCCAAAUCGAUUCUCCUCAGUCACUUCCGGUACAUCUCAAGCACCCGCCAGAGCACCAAGUCCACCUCCGGCUCCACAGCAAAAUACAACAACAACAACAAAUCAACAGCCACCACAGCAAAGUUCUACCCUUCCUCCUUAUACCAUGGCCGUUACAACGGGUCUCAAACCAAAAGAUCGAUAUUCCUGUAAAUUUUGCGGCAAAGUUUUUCCAAGAUCCGCCAAUCUCACUAGACAUCUCAGAACUCACACUGGCGAACAGCCGUACAAAUGUAAAUAUUGCGAGCGUUCCUUCAGCAUUUCAAGUAAUUUGCAACGUCACGUGAGAAAUAUUCACAACAAGGAGAAACCCUUCAAGUGUCCCCUGUGCGAGAGGUGCUUUGGCCAACAAACAAAUCUUGAUCGUCAUCUCAAGAAACACGACGCCGAUGGACCAACGAUACUUGAUGAGGUUAGAUCAAGGUAUCAUGGACAAUUACCAAGAACUGAUGACUCGUAUUUUGAAGAAAUAAGAAGUUUCAUGGGUAAAAUCACAUCCCAACGACAAGGGAUACCCUAUUUUCCAAGUCUCCUAGGACCCACCGGUGAAGAUUUUCGUAAUGAUAAACAAUUACAAAUGGAAGAGAAGAGAGGCGAUUCCUCCUAUUUUAGUGAUAGGGACAAUUUGAGUUCAAGGUCGAGCAGCAGCGCUAGUAGACCCGAGAGUGUUCACGAGGAGCAAAGGGAAACUACGUCACCACCUUUAUCACCUGGGAACAAUACUUGAUCAUCACACAAAACGGAAUGAAGCUUAAAGAAAUCUGUAUUCGGUUAAACAAUUGAAUUCUGUUAUUAAUUUGACAAGAUUCAAUGCUGUAUACAUUAUAGGCAAAUUAAUUGCCCUUGUGAAAUUUGCCACUUUAAGUAAAUUAGUUUCGAUGAAAUGGAAUUCAUCAUGAAAAUAAGUUGAUAAAUUAAAGCAAUGGGUGAUAAUGAAAAUUAUGUAAAUCAAUUAAAGAUUAAGGAAAUUAAUGUACAAUUGGAUAUACAAAGAGUAAAUUAAUGGAUAUAGUGAAAAUCAUCAUGUGUAUAAUGGAGUAAAGAAAUGGAUGAGCAAUUAAUUGGUGAUAUAUAAAAUUGGGUAAUAAAAAAUUGAAAACUGCUAAUAAUGAACUGAUAAUUGCUGUAAAUUAAUUUAAUAAAGAAAUUUCGUGUACAUUAGAGAUAGAAGAUCAUAAAAUGCAUCAUCAAUUAGAAAAUAAUAGAGAUCUUUAGAAAAAUGGAUGAUACAGAAAAGAAUACAGAUCUUUAGAAAAAUGGAUGAUACAGAAAAGAAUACAGAUCUGGAUGUGCAAUUUUUGGAUGAUUAAUGAAUUCUAAAGAAUCAUCAAUUAAUGCAUAGUAAAAAUCAGCAAUUAAUGGAAACAGAUUUUGAAUCAAUGGAAAGUAAAAAUUUGAAAAUUAAAUCGAAAAAUUGAUGUGAAUCAUUAACUAUAUCAAAUCAAUAAUAAAUGAACAGCAAUCAGCAAAAUUGAUAAGAUCCGAUUAAAAACAGAUUACAAAAUUGAUGUAAAAUUACUUUACAUCAAUAUGGCUAUAUAAGAAAAAAACAAAAAUCCAUUUCUUUCAAAUGAUGUAUCAAAGAAAAAAAUGAAAAAAAUCAGUAUGUAAAGCAAUUAAUCGAACGAUAAAGAAAUUGAUAUCAUUUAAUGAACAAGAAAUUUGUGUAAAAGUAAUAUAUAAAUGAUAUAUUGAUAAGAAGAAUAUUUGAUGCAACGGAUAAUAUUGGUUGUAAUGCAAUUAAUUGAUGAUAUAAAGCAACAACGAUGAAGAUGUUAAAAUAAGUGAAGAAAAUAUAAUUUUUUUUUUCUUUUUUUUUGGAGUGUGGAGAAGGGAUUCCAAGACUAAUCUGAGGUGCUCCAAGGCCGGAAGUUUGGUGAAAGGUGGUGCCAGAGAUACCUUUUGAAGGCUGUACCUGUUUUUAGAGAUGAAGAAAAGAGGAAGUGCGAUAAAUAUAUAGCAGUUUCUGCCAACUCUGAAAGCGAAUUAUUGUAGACAUAUUCGUUGACCGAUUAGAUUAGGUAGAUGAUAAUCCUUUUCUUUUAAUAUUAUAUUUGAGCCGAGAGUGAUGAUAAAAUCAAGCAGGAAGCUCCUCGUCUGAUUCACUCACAAUCAGAAAAAUAUUUUCCUUUUUUUUUUUUUAUUAAACAAAAUUUCUUGAGAUGAUUAAAAUAAUCAUUUUUGGUCACACACUCAAUACUUUUAGUUAACAAUAUAUUUUUAUUUCUUGAACUGAGAAUAUUUUUUCUAUUUCUAUUUAAAGUAAAAAAUAUUUUUAAGAACAAAAUUUUUUUUUUUUUUUGUUAGUUACAAAAAAUAUUUUAUUUGUUA